AUGGUGUCCUCGUUGUCCGCCAGCUCGUCGUCGUCAUCGCCAUCGGUCCAUACGCCGAAUGACUCGGACUCGUCCACACCGCCUUCGCCAACAUGGCACCCUAGAACCGGCAAUUCGAACGCAUGCCUCGAGCCCACGCCUCUCGAAAUCAAUGCUCCAGGCGUGAACCAUUCGGGACAUGGUGCGAUCUACCGGAGGAGGCAAGCCGACAAGAGCGCUGGAUCGUACACGUCUCGCACACCUCUGCCGCCCCAUCCGAGCCACUACGACCCCGCAACGCUCACCAUCGCCCAAUGCCAGUGGAACGACUGCGGCCGUCAGUUUUAUGAACUAGAACCUCUGAUCGAACAUCUGCACAACAGUAAGUCAUGACACAAAGCCCACCUUUCGGCGGCUGACGAGAGCCUCGACCGGUUUGGUCCACGUCCACGUCCACGUCCACGUCCACAGCCCAUGCCUUCCCUGAAGUCGGACAACAUCAAGAACAGCAGACUGCGCAGUGGAAAGGCCCGCCGAUGUUCACGUGCGAAUGGACAGGUUGCCCUCGUCGAGGGAAGAAUCAGAACAGUCGAUUCGCCCUCGUCGGUCAUUUGCGGUCCCACACCGGUGAGAAGCCGUUCAUCUGUCCGCGCCCGGGUACGUCACUCUCUUCCUCUCUCUCUCUCUCUCUCUUUCGCGCGGCGUGUGUGCGCCCGGAUUUUCGAAAAGUAGACGACACAGCAAUGUCUUACCGAGGGGGGGUCUCUCUUGUCUUUCCUGCUCUGUUGUCCCAGAAUGCGACAAAUCCUUCACACGCACGGAUGCGCUUCAAAAGCACAUGCGGAUACAACACGGUGACAGGAUUCUGCCCUCUCGAAAACCUCCGCUCAAAAAACGCAAGGCCGCAACUGCCCUCGGGGCUCGAGCCUCCUCCGUGGAAUCAGAAAGCGGGACGACCUUGCACGAGUCGAAUCUGGACGAGGAGCUACUACCUCUCGGUCCAGACGAUGGCGAAGACCUGAUGAACACUCAUGACGUGCAGUGGAGCCCGGACGAGCUCGAAGUCUUCAAGCGGCACUCGGAGUGCAGUCGAGAAUUUCUAGCCUACGUUCUUCUCAAAGCACAAUGGCGUGCUGCUCUUCAGGAGCAAGAGACCUUGGCAAGCGAAGUCGAGGUGAUUGGAACACGUGAAGCCGAGCUGGCGUCCCAAUGCGAGGACCUAGUUAGGCACAUUCUUCAGCGCGAACUACAGUGAGUUCAUACCUCGGCUAUCUCACGUCCGCGUCCAGUAUUGUAAGGCUCACGUUAACCCUCUUGAUUGAUGUUCCUUUAGAUCACCGCAAGACGCCCGCAUCGUGGAGUUCUCGACUGCCUUCAAUCAUGAGCCGCCUUCGAUGCCAGUCGCAUGGGCAGGCGAAUCCAGUGCCGCCGCGAAGACGCUCAAGUCAUGA